UCUAUCGCCAUCCAGCGCCAUCCCAGCCAAGCCAUAUCUACCAUUUGGCAGCUGGGCACCUGUUAGACUGAUCACAGGGACUCCUGGAUUUCUUGAUUACUUAAUUCGAACUCAACAACUUCCCACUCACAACCACCACCAUGAAGAUUCUCACGCAAGAAGAAGCUGAUGAGCAUUACAGGGUCGUACUUAGAGGAGGCGCAGAAGGCUUCGUGUACUCCUCACUCGUAGCCUUUCCACUUUCGUACUACCUUCACAGAGCAUGGCCUUACUAUCGCAACCUUCCUCUCUCCCUCAAAGCCCUGGGUGUUGUGAUACUCACAAUCCCCGCUUCAGUCAUCAAAGCCGAAGUCGAUGGCAACGCCUGGGAACGUUCCCGCUGGAGAGACGCUGGUGCUCUAGAGAUCGACGAACUCCAAAAACGCGAACAGCAACGCAUCGCGAACCUGGGUGGGAAACAACGAUGGUUGCAUUGGGCAGCUCAGAGGAAGUACAGCAUUGUUGGGGCCAGUUGGGCAUUGAGCAUGGCAAUUGCAUUUGGACUCGUUAUGAGAAAUCCAUAUCAAACAUUCCCGCAGAAACUUGUCCAAGCUCGUAUGUGGGCACAAGGCCUCACCGUUGGCGUCCUCCUUGCCACUGCAGGUCUAUCCACCUCAAACGCCCCACGCCACAUGUCAGUUGACCAUUCCUGGGCAUUCAUGGUGGCUCGAAAAGCAAAGGAUGGAAAAAGAGGAACAAGAAAAGAAGCUCCGAAUUCCGGCGAACGGCCCUGAUGUCCCCAAUAAGUAGUCAAUGCUGAGGUGCAAAAAAUGACAUGUACAAAUUGGGCGUCUGGUCGACUUUCCGAGGUUUUUGUUUUCCGGCGCCAG